AUGCUUAAUUCGUUAUUUCUAUGUGCUGGCGGGCUGUUAUUGUGCUAUUUCUUCCUCGGAUUUAAUUAUCGAAUAGACGUGGCGAAAUUAGGGACAACCGAAGAUGGCUUACAUUAUACAACGGAAGGGCAGCAAGGCCGUCAAGAGCACCCAGAGCAAUACCAACUUUGCGACGAGGUCUUUGAAUAUGCAAUCUACCAAAAAAGCGCCUACAGUUGCGCGAACCCGGUGGCAACAGUAGUGUGGCGGAAUGCGAUAAAUUUGACUGGCUGGAGUUUUUUGGAGAUCGAGACUUUUGAUAAACAUGACGCUAAACUUCAGGCUUACGCGGCUGGAUAUAUGGAAGGUGCUCUUACAAGGAAACUAAUUUCUCACCAUUACCACAAUGUAAUGUCAACGUAUUGUAACGGAAGGGAGGAGUAUUGCGAGAAAUUAAAGGAAUUUGUCAGGGAAAACCAGGAAUGGACCAAGCAUUUUCUCGCGACCGAAAAUAGGAGCGAUCCGUACGUCGAUGCGGUAGAAAGGGUGUAUUACCAAUUACAAGGCGUAAUCGAUGCCUAUGAGAAGCGGCCUAUCAAUCCGAGGAUAACCUACGAGUUUCACGAGAUUGUCUGGCUAAACUGGCUGGGCGAAUUCUACGACCUGUCCGUCAAGUUUAACGCGUCUACUCGGAAUGACAAAAUUGAAAAAUGUUCCGCGAUGGUUAAGCUAGCUCCCGACCAUAAGGACCUCUUCUUCUCCCAUGUCGUCUGGUUCGCCUACCACCACAUGCUGCGCGUCAUCAAGCUGUACAAGUUUGGCUACGAUCGCGAAAAGUACCCCGGAUAUGCUGUCUCGUACACCGGAUACCCAGGGAUUAUCAAUUCUCAAGACGAUUUCCAGGUCACCUCGGCAAAAUUGGCAAUCAUGGAAACUACAAUCUCUCUUUUCGAUGCUUCAAAAACGGUGCACAUCAAAUCCGGUGCAAAUCUUUUGGUUUUGAGG